GUUGCCUCACGUGAGAGUUACCGAGAUCCAAAAUGGAAGCAGUCGACAUGGAACGUCGAUUACCUGUUAUUGUUUUUGUUUUGAUAUGUCUUUAUGUGAACCCUGCUUGGUCAUUCCAUGAAAAUGUUGUUAGUUUUCAGUCGCAUGCCGUAUCUGCAAAGGAUGCAGUGAAUUCGAUUUCCAGUAGCGUUAGUUUAGAACGCAGCAAACGGGACGUGUCAGAUGAUCAGGCGAAAUGUGCGAAGCAAGAACAAGAUUUCCUCACCGAUUUAAGAGCAAACAAGGACCUUGCACAUAAGUACACCUUUGAAAACAAGACUCAUUUCAACCUGGCAAUGGCGUGGGCCAGUGAUCACGACGAAGGGAUGCUGAUUGUGGUAACAACUGAAGUGAUUCUCAUGAUGUUUGCUACGUCCAAUGUCUGGAGGAGCACUGACUAUGGUCGCACAUGGACCAAUAUUGACGACCAGAUCCAGAAGUCAGUGAUCAGAAAGGACAAUGGAUUGCAGAGGAAUCCCCAUUCAGCAGCUUGGGUGUAUAUGUUAACACACAAGGAGACUGUGUACCUCACAGAGAAUGGGGGAGAGACCUUCUUGGCCAAGAAGGUUACAAAAGAAGGGACCACUGUGUCAAGGCAUUUGAUCUUCCACUCAGACAAUCGACCCGCCUAUGUAAUGGCCAUUGCAACCAAUGGAGAUUUAUUUGCUACGAAUAACAACUUCAAAGACAGCCGUCUGAUCUCCAAGAAUGUCGUGCAGGCCAAAUGGGGAAACGAUGAGAUGAAGAAUGGUGCUGGUUCUAUCUUUGCCACGGUUGGAACUGGUUACCGCCAUACACUCAUUUCAAAUAGAGUCACUACUUAUACCCUGACCAAGUUUGACAGUAUUGAAAGCAGCUCAUCCACUGUGCUUCGUAAGAACGUCAUUGGGUUCGGAGUACAAGGAUCCUUCCUCUAUGCUUCUGUGUACAUGGAUGAUAACCCAACUCAGACAUCCAAGAAGUUGAUGAUGGUGUCAACUGAUGCUGGGAGGUCUUGGAAUGAAGCACAGUUACCUACCCUGGAUGGAGAUCGGUUCUACUCAGUGCUAGACAUGUCAGAGCAUCUGAUCUUCAUGCAUGUGGACAACCCUGGAGACACAGGGUCUGGCACACUAUACACAUCGGCCCAAGCAGGUGUGGUCUACGCCGAGUCACUUCUCCACCACCUCUACCCCAACUUCGAUAGCGUGACCGACUUCUACAAGGUGGAGUCCAUGAGGGGUGUGUACCUGGCUAGUCAGAUCAACAAGGACAAGAGUAUCCACACAAUGAUCACUUUCAACAGAGGGGCCAACUGGCAGCCUAUUGUCCCACCACAGGAAGACUGCAAGGAUCAUAGUAAGGCUUGUCAGCUGCAAAUCCACAACUACUACAGCAUCUCUAGAGGAGUGCGGGCCAAGCCACCGCUCAGCACAGCUAAUGCUCCUGGACUUGUUCUAGUACAUGGUCAUGCAGCUGAUGCCCUCCAGGUAACAUCGCCCAACGUCUACAUCACCACUGAUGGGGGGUACCACUGGAGGAAGGUUCUAGACGGCCCCCACUACUACCAGAUAACAGAUAGCGGUGGGUUGCUGGUGGCUGUCUCCACCAAUGAGACUAUGCCCAAACACAUCAAGUUCUCAACGGACGAGGGCAACUGCUGGCAUGACUACAAGUUCACCGACAACGACAUCAUCUUCACUGGGCUCCUGACAGAACCUGGUGGCCGCUCCAUGACUAUCUCUGUCUGGGGCUACACCAACGAUAGACACAGGCAGUGGGUGGUCAAUGUCAUCAACUUUGCGGAUGUCAUCACUAAAAAAUGUACUGACGUAGACUAUGAGGUAUGGGAACCCCAUCACGAGAUGAGACGUUUUGAGAACAAGGGGGUGGAAGGCUGUCUCCUGGGACUCAGAGAAUCCUUCAAGAAGCUGAAGCCAGAUUCCUGGUGUCAAAAUGGAUAUGAACACGACGUUGAGAGAACUAUCAUGUCAUGUACCUGUACGAGAGAAGAUUUUGAAUGUGACUACAGUUUCUACCGUCCGCCUUCAACUGAUGACUGCGUCAAGCAGUCAGACUUCACAGGAAAGGAGAUUGAUAUUUGUCUCCGGGGACAUGAAGAAGAAGUAAUUACUGAAGGAUAUAGGAAGAUUCCUGGAGAUGGUUGCAAAGAUGGUAUAUCUUUCACUGGAAAUAAAAUCAACAUGACAGACAAAUGCAAUAUAGGAUCCAAGGAAUUGAUCUUUGAAAUGGAAGAACCUCUACAAGAAGCAAAUCACUCUCUCAUCCUUGGAGCUAUAGUAACGGCAGUCAUCGCACUCGUAGCCGCUGUCUCAGGCUACUUUCUAUACAGAAUGUAUCUUCUUCGGAAACAUAAAGUGGUAUAUCGGUACUCAAUGCUGAAUCAGACGGAAGGCGAUGACUUUGCUAAUGAGCUGGAGAAUGCUCUGACACAACAUACCUUAUAUGAAGAUUCAGAUGAUGAGGCCCUUCCCAACGGAUCGGUUAUGCCAAAUGGGUCGGCCAACAGGACCUCCUCGUCCUAUGCCAAGCCUAAAGUGAAGUCCUUCCAUGAUGAUUCUGAUGAUGAUAUGCUGGAGUAGAGGCAAGGAACAGCUGCUGACAUUCCGUGUCCAACAACCACGGCUCAAUCCCCGUAUGGACACCUCUCAGUUCCAUAACAACACACUUUGUCAUGCAAAUUUUGUAACCACAGAUUAUAUAUGUCCAUGGCUCAUGUAAAUACUUUGUACAGAAAAACGUCAUCUGAACAGGUUUUGUGUUCAGGAGGGUUGAAAUGUCAUUUCCUUGAAAUUUGCCUUUAUUAUGAACCAAAACUAUUGCAUAUUGAAUGUAUCAAAUAGUUUUAGGAUUUGUGUGUUUUUGUCGCAAGUUUUGGGAUAGAUUUAGAACACUGAUGCAGAUAAUUUUUGGGUUAAAGGUUUCUUUCACUAAUCAGUAAUGUUUGUUCGUCUUGAAACGUUUCACUGUGUCUUGUGUUCAAACAGUCUUCUCUCAACUGGGUCAACUUAUCAUGACUAAUCAUGGUCAGCAAAACUGACCAGUGCUUUGAGGUUUUUAAAUGAUGCUGUGAAGACUGAACGCUUCAUUGUCAGUGUGUUUUUGGUCAAUAUUUAGAAAGGGAUUUGAAGAAAGGAUUUUAUAUAUAUGAAAACACAAAAAAAUGUUUAUAUGAUUGUCUGUUUUACAUGUAUGCUGAUAGAAAAUGAAAAAGGAGUUUUCAAUUCUUUGAUGUUUUAUGUUCAUUUUAAUCAGCAUUGCUUUGCUUAUAUAUAUAUCAGAUCCAGUGAUCAGCUAUCCAACUAUCAACCAUUGCUUGCUAUCAAAAGCUGUUUGAAAAUUAUGUUCACAGAAACAACAUUGUAUACAACAGUAUGCCUGCAAAGUUUAUAUGUACAAAACCUAUAUUUAGUCUUCAUAUAAAAAUAUUGUACUUGAAUGCAAUAUUGAAAACACUCAAUACCCUUCAGUUGAUCUUUUUGUCAGCUGUGAAACGCCACGUAUAUUUAGUUUUGUUUUGAGCACAGGGAAUGGGAUGCAAAGCACCAAAUUUUCACCAUUGUUAUCACGUUACCAUGGUUACUAUUUAAAUAUGCACUGUACAGUAAUGGUUAGUAAAUUGCCCCUGGUUCUUCCAAUUUUGACUGUGAGAACAGUUGUAAUGUACAUAGUUGGGGGUGUAUUUUACAUUCAAUUUCAGUUGUUUCUUUCUUCAAUUUCUUCAUGUAUAUAGUACACACUAUGACAACAAACUGCAGUGUUCAAAAUUAAAGUCGCAAGAGUAUUUGCAAGAGAACUUGACUUUCAUGCUUAAUUUUUAUCACUGAACUUUAGAUUUCUCAACUGUUUCUGAUGAUAUUCAACCUAAUUUUCUGAAUCUAACAAAAGGAUAAGAAAACUUAAAUAAUAAAUCACAACAGUUGAAAUACAAACAAACCCAGACUAAUACCAUAUAUUUUAAGUGUAACUUCUGUUGACUGUAGAUAUGAAUAUUUUCAGCAAUGACAAUGAAACCACUGGAUGUCUUGAAGCUCCAAGUAUUAUUUCAGAGUCUAUUUUCUAUAAUUAUUCUUUAUGACAGUUCCGUAGUACUUCAUAUAUUGCAGGAAAAGCAGAGGGCAAAUAUAAAAGAGAUCAUUGUCAUGUUGCUGAGUGCGACGUUGUUUCUUUGUCAAUACAUGAGGCAUAAAAGAGUGGUGUUUGACCUUACAGGGUGUCCAUUUUGGUUUGUCCUUUUGAUUUUGUGUAUCUCACCAGUUGUGAAAUUUUAGAUGACAGCUUAGAUGAUAUUCUGCCACUUAAUCUUUUUGUAAGAAUGAAAACCAGGACAUAAUUUGAACAUCUUUGAAAUAUCAGAAAAACAUAUGUUAAUGUUUCCCACAUGUUAUGAUCAUAAUAUAAGUGUGUAUUUGUAUACUAUGUUUAUUCCUUCAUUAUGACGUGUUGGUUGUUUUGAAUCACCAGUAAUGUAAUAAUUUGGUGGAACAGUCUGGAAAUGCUGUGUUUAUGCUAUGACAUCAGGCAUGUGGUCAAGUAAAGCAUGAUGGACAGAAAUAUGUUCACAUUCUGAAAUGUCAUGCAGGUUUUUAUCAUGCUGAACACAGCCACAAUGUUUUCAGAUGAACCGAUGAAAAUAUUUUCUGAAAUUGAACCUAAAUUUCAAAGUCAUGAUUUGGAUUCUUGAAAUGUUUUUGGACCGAUCCUGUAAGAGAAACCAUCUAUAACUCCAGCCUGUUGUACUAUGUCUAGAAGCCAACAUACUGAUAUUGUCCAUCUUAUUUGGCAGUUUGUGUGUUGUGUACAGUUUGUGUAAUAGAUGGCCAGUCAUUGGCCAGUAGGAUUGUUUCUAAUAUACAUUCUUGGGCUGUCCACUGUGUAACUUACAUAUUGACUGGAUGUCGAAACAUGUCAUGAAACAUGUCAUGAAACAUGUCAUGAAACAACAAGCUGUCAGUGUCUGUCUUUGUAAGUUAAUUCGGUAAGGCAGUCAAUGCUCAGGUUUGAUAAUGUAACACUGUAGAAAGUGAGUUUGUUUCAUCAUACUUGAAUGAAGUCUGUAUAUUGGCUUGAUCUCACUCAUGUGGUGGUUUGAAUUGCGACACAAUGUAUAUUAUGCUUUAUCAUCAAAGUUUUCUUUUCAUGCAAAAAACAUUAUCAGGUCAUACAGAAUAAGUCUUCUAAGAUUAUAGAACUAUUUUUCUUAGCAGCCCAAUCCAGUAUAAACUGACAAACUAACAUUGUGUAUUAUAGACUGCCUGCACAAAAAUCUGGAAAUCUGGUAAUUUUAAAUAACAUUAUGCCUCACAAUGCUUGCUUAGUUGGUCACUUGAUUGCUUUCAAAUUAACACUUCAAAGUUUGUCGAUGGUUUCCCUGUUGCCUAAAUAUAUGUGAACAAUUAAUGAGAUCUGAGGGGUGUAUUUCCAUGUAUAGUGAGUUGUCAGUGUGUACAUAAUGUAUGCUGUUAUUUAUACAUAGUGUUCCCUACAAAUUGGACUAACCUUAUUGAUGUUAUCAGACUACGGGUCUGAAUUGAGUGUAUGGGAGAAUUACGAGGUGGUAGAGGCUCAAGUUAGCAUGUCAUUCCUUUAGUAUCAAAUUCAGAAUUAUUUUCUUUAUAUAAAGGAUGUUGUGUUCAAAAUGCAAUUAAAGUACUUAUGUUCUGGUUGAUCGGAAACAUUGAAGACAUGGAAACUGCAUUUACAUUUUAUAUUCCUAUUGGUCCUGAGUUGGUGAGUAGCCUAGUGGUUAAAGUGUCAGCUUGUUACACUGCAGAUAUGGGUUUUAUUCCCAUCAUGGAUGUUGUUCUUGGUAUGGUGGCAUAGUGCUGGGUGCACAUGAUGCUAACGUAAGGGAACAGGUUCUUGCAUGGGUACAAGGUGUAAAACUUUCUCAGAGUUCCUUUCUGUAACGCUGCUGCAUGACACUUGCUCUUCUACAUCAUCAUGUCUGAGACCUCAAGGAAGGUUUGCUUCCAAAGUAGUAAACCUCAGGAAUCCCUGCUUCUUUGUUCUUUCAAGAUACCUUUAUCAACACCAUUUAGAGAACUCAAUCGCUUUUAUCUUGUUUUCAGAUCAAUAAUUUUCUAUGGACCUGAAGAUACACAUAUAAUUCAUGCAAAUAUAUUCAUGUUUGUUCUGUGUCUAGAAUUGAUUAUUAAUAUAUCAUAACCAUAUUAUUUUUUUUAUCUUUAUUUUUGUAUUUUUAUUAUAUCAUAUUUUCUAAACCAGUAUCAGUAAUUAUGUUAUAUUAAUCAGUAAGGCCAAACAAUAUUAUUUCUUGUUUUAUGGAUCUGUAAAUCAUAUUUUUUUUCAAGAAUAUGAAAAAAACCAAAUUCAUUUUUCCCGUUCAAAAAAUAAAAUCCUAAUGUUUUUAUUGGCCAGAAAUGUAAACUUACAAGAAAAAUGUUUAUAGAUUGUUUUUUGCCCCAUAUACACAUAAUAAAUUGCCAAAGUAAAAUACUUUUUGUAUUUAAAAGGAAUAUUACUUUAACUGGUGAUUAUUUCAAUAAUUUUUUCCCUCCUGCCUUUAGGUUUUCUGAGGACAAAAAUCCGUAAAAGAAGAAAUAUAAUUGGUCUGGCCUAAAGUCAUAAUCCUCAUUUCCAACCAUUAUCAUGUAUUGCUGCUGUUGACUACAGUACGUAUGCUGUACUUGAGCCUCACUAGAGUGUGUUAGUAUGCUGGUAAAUGCCUUGUGUGUAUAUAUGUCUCUUCACUCAACUUUUGUAAUAAAAUACUUGAUCUGUGGACUGGGGAACUAAAGUUUCACCCCUACUGAGUGCAUACAUUCACUUGCAUAAUAUUAGUCUAAUAUUUAGUUUCACUAAUCAGAUUACCUUGCCAGAUCGAUAACCCUGUAGUUUCUUUUCUGAAUCGGAAACAUUUAUGUUGUUUGUCUCAUGAGACAGUUAAUUGAAGGGGGACAAAGGUGUCCCCGGGGGCAGUCUCAGAAAGUUUGAUUCAAGACUCUGUUACCAUUUGAUUGCUAAAAUGAAAAGCAAAAUUUGCUCCCUAAAAUUGGUAUGGUAUGAACUAAAUUGUGAAAUCAGUAAAUGACCAGAUCAAUACUGAUAAAUGGAUUGUACUGAAAAAUUGUUUAGGUUUAUGAUUACUAAAGGCAAUACAAUAAGUUAUUGUAAUUGACCUUGCUACAUAAUCAUCCAUUAAUGAUAAAAUAUUCCCUUCUCUGACAAUUGGUAAUAACACAUAUGCAUGGAUAUAUGUAGGACAUGGGUAAUAGGCCUGAAACAAUCCAUUCUUAAACUACUGAAGACUGCCUUUCAUAAAUCAUCCCAAACCGUUAUUUCUUUUAUUUUUGGUUGACAAGAAAAAAUCCAUUAGUUAUGGUGAAAAGCCUUUGCUUAGGAUGUUUUCCUCAGAAAGCAGAUUUUAGCUUGUCUUAAAAUGAAACAGGUGAUCAAAUGAAUCCUCCUAACUGUCCUGGCUUUAGAGAAUAGCAAUAUGAAACAUCCAACACAUGCCAGUCUUGUUAUGUUUCAGAGACACAAUGUACAAUGUGUGAAGCCCAUUUCAGGUGCCCCUAUAGGGUACAUGGCUGGAAUAUUGCUAAAAGUGGCAUAAAACUCGCUAUUCUCCUUUGCUAAACACACAGCAGGAUGUGUUUGUGCUGAACCGAUACUGUGCUCUAAUGUCAACAGAAUGGAGGUUAACAUUUCAGUGAUCCUGUUGUGGUGAUUGUUUUGCCAUUGCUUGCUAAUAAUAUGCCUCAGAAACAUUAGUUUGAUAUACUGAUAUAUGUAUGUGGGUUUAUUUUAUGACUUCAUUUUAAGGGUGCAAGGCCUAUGAUGAUUGGAAUAUGUGUAUUAUUUCCUCUUUGAUGAAUGCUUACCAACGUUGGGUCUCUUUUUCUUUGAUGAUGAUUUGUUUGCUAAGUUUCACAGGUUCAGAUCAGAAUAAAACUUUGAAUAACA